CGAGAUACGAAUUCAGUCCGCUGGCGUCUGCUUUCGCGUCGGUGUCAGUCGGUGUGACACACGCGGUGCGCGUUGCGUUGCGACGGAGUGGCGUCUGGCGGCGUCGUCGCAAUCCCUCCUCUCCGUCAAAAGGUCGAGACUCCUCAUCGUCGGCGCGCGUCGCGUCGCCGGCGGCGAACGACAAAAGGCGAUUUAGUUUAUAGACAUCAGUCGCGCAGAGAGCGACAGAGAGCGAUGGCCGAACAGGUAUCCGCGGCGAGCGCCGCGAGGAAGGCGCCGUCGACGGGCGGUAAGCCGGCGUGCUGGCAGCACCGACUGUUCGGCAAGCAGCUCGUGCGUUGCAGUCACGUUAACGACACGCGAAUGUCGAUCGACAGCUCGGCGGCCGUCACGCUCGUCCACGAGGACGGCCGGCCGACCUGCGAGAUCAUCGGCAUGUACUUCAGCUUCGUGAAUCCCGGUGCGACCUGCGACGAUUUCACCCGCCAACUGGUCGAGCUUUACGCGAGUGUCAACGGCAGCGGCAGCGGCAGCGGCGGCGGUGGCGGCAACGGCGGUGGCGGCGGCGGCGGCGGCGGCGGCGGCGGCGGCAUCGACAAGAGGAAGAGAUUCGAGGUGGUGCACGUGGUGCUCUGGAGCAACGUGAUCGACGUGCUCGACUUCGACGAGAGCUUUCGCGCUCACGUAGCCGAUCUACCUUGGCUCGCCGUGCCGAACCGUGAUUACGAGAGAAAAACCAGACUGACUCGAAGGUAUCGGAUAAAAGCAGGCGUACCGACGUUGAUUUUACUGGAGGCCUCCAACGGAUCCGUCGUGACAAGAGGAGGAGUCGAGCGAACUAUCGCCGAUCCUACCGGCACGGAAUUCCCUUGGAGACCUUCACAUCCAAAAGCUGCUCUCGAGGAUGGACCUCUUCUACCGUGCGGUGCCCGCGACAGCAACGAGCCUAUGUUGCACGAAGAGCUCCGCCACUGUUACAAGGGAGUUUACUUCAGUGCACAUUGGUGCCCGCCUUGUAAAGCAUUCACUCCACAACUUGUGGAUACAUAUGAACGAAUUCGAGAGAGAGGGCACGAUUUUGAAGUAAUUUUUGUGAGUUCGGACAGGAGCGAGGACUCCUACAAUGCGUACACGGAAACAAUGCCUUGGUUGAGGAUACCUUUUAAUCAAGAAGAGAGACGUCGAAAAUUGGCAAGAGCUUUCGAUGUACAGGCAAUACCUACUCUGGUCAUUCUGGACCUUCGCGAUAACAUAAUCACUCUGGAUGGGCGCUCUGAAUUAAUUGAGGAUCCAGAAGGAUUGAAUUUUCCCUGGAGUAAUAGACCGGUGAAUAUUUUAACGGAAAAAUACGCUACGUCGUUACACGAUGCUCCAGCCAUUAUCUUGUUUGUUGAGGGAGACGAUUGUGAGAUUCAAUUUGGAGAAAGUGUAUUACUGCCAGCUGCACAAGUGUAUAGAAGCCAUCAACCCGAUUAUGAUCCAAAUUACGAUGACCCUGAUGAUGAUUCUUUACAAUUUUAUAUAGCUUUAGACUGCGAAACAUCUGACAUUCUUCGUGAAUUUAUUGGUUUGGAUGAUGCAGUACCUCUUUUGACCGCUAUCGAUAUUCCGCGAGGGAUAUAUGUUGUAAUGGAGGAUGGUGCUGAAAUUACUGUGGACUCCGUACAACAGUUUGUCGACGGAUUUCUCAACAAUAAACUGCCGAUAAAAAAAAUAGAGGCAGUGCAUAAAACAUCAAAAACAAGCGACCGUAUGCCGGCCUAAAAUCAUAUAAAACGUUAAAUACAAAAUUUAUACUUGUCAAAUUUUAUAAGAGUUGUUCAGACGAAAAAGUUCUCUUUCUCUUAUUCUUUUUUACACUCCUGUCUCUGUGAUACCGUCGUCCUUUACGUAGAAAGAUUCGCGUGUAAGCUAUACUUAUUCUUACACUGAGAGAAAAAGAUAGUUGCAAUUACCAUAAUUUGAUCAUAAUUCACAGUCAUUUUUGGUGCCAACUAUAUAUAUAUAUUUAUAGUUAUCUUAAUCAUGCAGCUAUCAUAGCUAUUAGUUAUUAUUAUAUACAUAAUAAGCGAUUGUUAAAAAAAUUAUUAUAUUAAUUAUAAUUGUGAAUGCAUUCGAUAUAUAUAGUUUUUAUCAUCCAUAUCUUGAUAUUUGAAAUUAUCGUAAUUUAUAGUAAAUUUUUUUCAUAAUUAGUAGAAUUAUAAACACAUAUUAUUAUCAACAUUAUAGUAGUAAUAACUAUAAAAAUGGAGUUCCUGAUUAUAAUUAUUUUAUCAUGUAAUUAGUCGUGCAAUUAAUCAAGUACCAAACAUUUUUCUCUCAGUGUACAUAAUUCUUCGCGAAUAUAACCAAAAAAUAUGUAUUAUAUCACAGUCAAAACUAAGUCGAUCAAAUUGUAUUUUUAAGUGUACGUAGACGCACACAAAUACGUUAAUAUUUUAUAAAUUACUAAAUAAAUACCGGAUAAGCACACUA